AAGCAGCUCAGCUCUGAGCACACUCUCUGUCCUCCUGAGGCUUCAAACAACAGAGUAAGACGAUGCUUGCUUGAGAGAAGAUAAAUGUACAGGAGAGGACACAUUUAAAGAGGCUGGAGGGAAAUGGCCAGCAACCAGGUCAUCCUGGUUCUCUUCUGUGGAGAAAUCUGGAAGUCCCUUUCCACAGCAGCACCUGGACUCAGUUUAAACCCUUCUGGCCCAGCACUGGCUGUUACAACACCUCGGGUGCCCACAGGAGAGGAAGAGGCUGGCGAUGGCAGCUGGGUAGCAGCACUGCUAAUUGGCAUCGUUCUGCUGGGUAUGAUAUUGGCAAUUCUGGUGAUUCUCCUGUGGAAAUGCUGCCUGAGGCCUGGGCCUGCUCUGGCCAAUUCCCACUGGGCAGGUCGGUCUCCCUUCGCAGAUGGAGACACUCCAGACCUCUUCCUGGACUCUGACCAGGAUAACAAACGGUCAUCAGUUUUAUUCAUGCUGCCUUGGAAACUGAAACAAGGCUCAAACUUACAGCAGGAUCCCACUGGAUCAGAGAACCCAUCCCAGCACACUACCAGCAAUGAGAAUGGGCAGCUGCCUCCCCCGGCCGGAACAGCAGCUCCCAGCACAGACCCACCCCCUGCUCCCUCCUCAGAAACAGGGAAUGCUGCAGGUGACUCCUGUCCUCACCCAGACACUCCACCUGAGUCUCACGACCUGCCACCUCCACCUGACUGGCUCCAGGAACCCCCCGAGGAUCCCAGCUCGGAUCCCAGCAAGCACUCGGCAUUGCACUCGGGAGCAGAGGAACCACUGCCCCCACCACCUGAGCUCCUUCUUCAGGAGACUGGUGAACCACUGCCCCAGCCAGAACACCCUUUGGAGACUGCCAAAAGUCAUUUACAGAAUACUCCACAUUCUUCCUAAACUAAGUAUUUUUCAAACAAGUGAAAAAAAGAGAAGUUGAUGCAGGCAAGAACAGUGAGGCCAUGGCACAGGCAUUUCCCCGGUGUUUCCCAACUUCAGCUUUCACAAGAGGGAACAACCUGCUUCUGCCCGAAGCAAAUAAUUUCCAAAGACAAUACAAAUUGUGCCCACUCGUUAUCUGUAGCCGGAGAUUCCCGAGGUGGGAGCCUCCAGAAGCCAGAGUGCACACUGCUGGCUGUGGCAGGAUAGACAGAUCCAUGGAAGGCACACAUGGAGAUGCAGCUCCGAGACAGCCCAGCUUCAGAGGGACUCAGGGUUUCUGAGCAGGGUUUGCUCCACUGGGCUGUGUAAGUGAAUG